AUGUGUAGUAAUAAUAAUAAUAAUAAUAAUUUUGAAUUAUUAUUUUGGAAAGUUAUUCAUAAUAAAUUCCUAUUCAAAUAUAUAUUUAAUAAAAUCCAUUCAUCAGAAAAUUUUGAAUAUGAAGAUUAUAGAAAAAUUGAUAUAGAUAAUAGAAUUAAAUUCAAAUAUAUAAUUUCAUUAGAAUGGAUGAUUAAUAAAAAGAAAUAUUCUUUAUUAAAAAUUAAAUUGGAAUCAAAUGAAUUUAUUGAAAUUUCAAAAAAUGGUUUAAUUCUAUUAUUAGAUGAAAUUUCAAAUAAUAAUAAAAAUAAUAAUAAUAAUAAUAAUAAUAAUAAUAAUAAUAAUAAUAAUAAUAAUAAUAAUAAUAAUAAUAAUAAUAAUAAUAAUAAUAAUAAUAAUAAUAGUGAAAUAUUAAAUGAAAUAUUAUUUUUAAUUUUAAAAUGCAAUAAUAAUAAUAAUAAUAAUAAUAAUAAUAAUAAUAAUAAUAAUAAUAAUAAUAAUAAUAAUAAUAAUAAUAAUAAUAAUAAUAAUAAUAAUAAUAAUAAUAAUAAUAAUAAUAAUAAUAAUAAUAUUCAAGAUAAUCAAAAUAAUCAAAAUAAUAAUUUAAAAUUUGAAAAUGAUAUUGAUUUAUUAGAAUUAUCAAUUGAAAAUGAUAAUAUUGAAAUGUUUAAAUUUUUAAUCAAAGAAAAAAAUGAAGAAAUGAAAUUAAAAUUAUUAAAAAGUAUUAUUAAAACAUGUAAAAAUUGUAAUUUAAUAAAGGAAUUAUUUAAAUCAUUUGAAGAGUGUAAUGUUGAUCAAUUCAAUUUACCAAUACCAGAUUUAAUUCAAUUAGCAUCAUUCAAUAAGAAUUGUUCAAAUGAAUUAUUAAUAUUAAUAAUUGAAAUGUUUACAGACAAAAUACCAAAUAAUAAUAUCAAUGAUAAUGAAAUUGAAAUUAGUUUUAAACAAUUACUAAAUUUAAAUAAUUCAUCAAUUAAAACAAUGAAAUUAUUAAUGGACUUAAAUUACAUUUCAAAUUCAAAUGACUCUUUUGAUUAUUUUAAUAGUACUAUUAAUUUAUUUGAUAAGAAUAAAUCAAUUGAAAGAUUAAUAAUUGAAUGUGAAGCAUUUUUUAAAUAUUGUAUUUUCAUUGAUAAUAAAAGUGAAAAUAUUGAUCAACUUUUUAAUUUAAUUAAAAAUUUAAAUGAAAUUUAUAAUUUAUGGUUAACAACAUCAUCAUCAUCAUCAUCAUCAUCAUCAUCAUCAUCAUCAUCAUCAUCAUCAUCAUCAUCAUCAUCAUCAUCAUCAUCAUCAUCAUCAUCAUCAUCAUCAUCAUCAUCAUCAUCAAAUAAUAAUAAUAAUGAAAAAGAAAUUAGAAAGAAAAUCCAUUUAUUAUUCAUUUCAAAAAAUAAAAGUUAUAGUGUAAUUCAUGAUUUUAAACAAUAUUAUCAAGAUGAAUUAACAGAUAUUAAUGAUAUAAUUAUGAUAGUAAAUAAUGAUGAUUUAAAAGUUAAAUUAUUAAAAGAAAAUCAAAAAUCACUUAAAAAUUUAAAUGAAGAUACAAAAAAGAAAUUAUAUAAUUCAAUUCUAUCAUUAAAUUCUGAAAAACUUUAUAAAGAAGCUUUAGAACUUUGUGAACCAUAUCUUUCAAAACCUGAUGAAAAAAAUAAUAACAAUAAUAAUUCAAUUUUCAAAAAAUUAAUUUCAAAGAAACAUAAUGGUUUAAAUUGUAUUGUUGAAAAUCAUGGAAAUAUUAAUAAUACCAAUAAUAAUAAUAAUAAUAAUAACAAUAAUACCAAUAAUAAUAAUAAUAAUAAUACCAAUAAUAUAAAUAAUAAUUUUAAUAAUCUUAUAGAAAAUUUUGAAUUCCCAAAGAAAUGGAAUCCAUUAUUAAGUAAAAUGAUAAAGAAUGAUAUUAAUGAUUCAUAUGAUUUAAUUGAAAUUAAUUCAAUUGAUGAUAUUGAUUGGAUAGCAAAUGAAACGUCGAAUGGUGUAGUUCAAAGGUUAUUUAAUUAUCUAUUUGAUAAUAUUAAAUUUGAAUUUAAAUCUAUAAUCAUUUUAAAUUAUACUGUAAAUCAUAAUAAAUUAUCAAAAGGGUAUGACGAUGAUUAUGAAGAUGGUGGUUAUUACUAUGAAAGACGAUUUUUUUAUAGUACAAAUUACUUAAUUGUACCGUUUUUAGAAGCAAUUCAAAACGGAUACACUUUAGAAUUAAAAGAGAUUUGUAGUUAUAAUGCAAAUAAGUAUCAUUUUAAAUUCACUAUUGAAACUAAUCAAUUACCAUUAAGAAUGAAAGGAUCAUUACAAAUGCCAAAUGAUUAUGAAAGAGUAUCGAGAAUUUUAAAAUUUGAAAAAGAAAUUUCAGAAAUCCUCUCAAGUGAAUUAAAUAAACAAUUCAUUCUUGGUGUCUUAAAAGUAAUUCCAAAUGCAAAAUUAACAUCACCAUUACUAUUUGAUAGUAAUUUCAAAACUGAUUCAUUCAAAUAUAAUAAUUUAACCUUUAUUAGAUUUUUAUUAAAUUCAUUUCAAGCUAAUAUUCAUGCAACAAUUUCAAAUAUUUAUGAUAAUCAUUAUAGAAAUAUAACUGAAAGAAUUGAUACUACUACCAAUAUUAAUUGUAAUGAUCCCAAUAAUAAUAAUAAUAAUAAUAAUAAUAUUAAUUUAGAAGAUAUUUUAUCAUUACUUGAAUAUUCAAUUUUAAAAUAUAAUAUUUGUUACUCUCAAAAUAAUAUUUUUCAAUUAUUAUUUUUUAAUAAUUCAAUUAAUCAUUUAUAUAAAAUGGUACUUAAAGUUAAAGGAAUAACAUCAAAACAAGUAAUAGAAAUUUAUAAUAUGAUAUUUAGAAAAUGUGAAAAAGUUGGAAUUAUUCAACAUGAUUUUAUAAAUGCAAUUUAUUAUCUUUGUAUUAGAUCACCAAUAUUUGAAAAAUAUUUACAAAACAAAUCCAAUUUAUCUUUAAAUAGAUACACAAACUUUUUAUACUACAGAAAAUGUUAUUAUGAUGAUAACAAUUUUAAUAAUGGUGAUGGUGAUGGUGGUGGUGGUGGUGGUGUAAAUAUUCAUGAAAAUAAAUGUUAUUUUAAUGCAAACAAAUUCACAAUUGAAAAGGUAUUAGGUGAAACUCAACUCUAUAAUCAUCUUUUAAAUAAAAAUCAACAAGAAAAGCAAAACCCUACUACUAUACAACCAAUUGAAAAAUUAUUAGAGAAAUUAAUAAAUCAAUUCUCUCAUCACAGUAUAAAUAAACCAAUUAGUGAAGUUAAUCAAUUGGAUAAUUUAAUCGAAAGUGAUUUAUUAUUUUGUUGUGAUACUAGAAAUAUUAAAUUAUUUUUCAAACAAUUGGAUUUCAUUAUUGAAAAUCCACAAAUUAAAUUCCAUAUUGCAUCAUAUGAUAAUUUACUAUUAAAAAUCAUUAAACUUUUAGAAAAUGAUUUUGAUUUAUUAUUAAAAUUUAUUGAUAAAUCAACUCAAAUCCAACAAACAAUUGAAUUAAAAUCCAGAAUGUCUUUAUCAUAUGCACUACUAUCGAUUAGUAAAAAAUUCCAAAGAUUAGAAGUUUAUGACUUUUUUCAACAAACUUUUAAUUCUCAAAAAAAAAUAGAAAUAAAAAGAAAAUAA